UGAAGAGAGAUACAGAAAUUUCGAUAAACUGGUCUGCUCUGUUCUGGCUGGUCUUCCCUCAAUCAUUCACCCGACUCUCUCUCUUCAUAUUCGGUUCUUACUCUCUCUCACGGUGACCGGAACUUGCUUGGAUCAGAGGCGAGGAGGUACUGCUCAUCUGAAACGACAGCUUAAGGGACCUAAGAGACAAGAAACGACACCAUGGUUGAAACCAGGCGCAGCUCUUCUUCCAAACGAGCCAUUUCUUCUUCUCCUCCGCAUAACCCCAAACGAUCGAAGGCUGCGGAGGCUUCUUCGUCUACCAAUGAGGUCCAGGUUUCGGAACCAGUGGAGCUGUUGGCUCCCGUUAAAGAAGCUGUGUCUGAAUCGGCAGGUUUGGAGCUCCGUUCAUCUGAUCUGGCGACCCACGAUCAUUUAAAGACUGUAAGCGCUUUUGAUGAGGCCUUGCCGGAGAAGUCAGCUGAGAUUGGGGCUGAAGGUCUGGCUUUGGUUUCGCCGCAAUCUUUAGGGGAACCUGCUGUGGAUGUGGAUAUGGAUAAAUCGAAGGCACUUGGCCCGACCAUGACUCGGUCGAAGAAGCGUCCAAACAAGCUGCCAAAGUCAAAUCCGAAGGUUGCAUGGGGAAAGCUUCUUUCCCAGUUCUCUCAGAAUCCUCACUUGUUGAUUCGUGAUUCUAAUUUCACCAUUGGUCAAAGCCCUCUAUGCAACUUAGCGAUUAAAGAUCCAUCAAUCAGUAAUACUUUGUGUAAACUGAGGCACAUACAGCGUGGUACUUCAUCUGUUGCAUUGCUGGAGAUCAUUGGGGGCAAAGGUGAUGUUAAAGUGAAUGGAAAAAGUUACCGGAAAAGUUCUAGUGUGAUUCUAACCGGAGGUGACGAGGUUGUGUUUAGUGCGUCCCUCAAGCAUUCAUAUAUUUUCCAGCAGCUCGUGAAUGAUAACUUUGCUUCAGUAAGCAUAUUAGAAGCACAGAGUGCUCCUGUUAAAGGAAUACAUAUUGAGGCGAGGUCUGGGGAUCCCUCUGCAGUUGCUGGAGCAUCAAUAUUAGCAUCUUUGUCAAAUUAUAGGAAAGACUUAACCCUACUUCCCCCCCCUGCUAAAGCUGGGGAGGAAAUGCAGCAAGAUGCAGAAAUAUCCUCAAUACCUUCUGGCUGUGUGGGAUCAGGGGAUCUUACUGCGGAUGUUGACAUGAAAGACUGUUCUAAUAAUAAUGAUCAGAAUGGUUUAUCAAGGGAAAAAGAUAUCACUCCAUCCCCUGAUGCUGGCAAUGCAAACCCCAACCUUGAUGGCAUUGGACUGGAUGCUUCAAUAGAUGCUGAGGUGGGAAAGGUCUCUGGGGCAUCUUAUGAAUUAAGGCCACUUUUGAGGAUGCUUGCUGGUUCAUCUUCUUCUGACUUUGAUUUAGGGGGAAGCAUUUCCAAAUUAUUUGAUGGGCCAAGGGAGAUCAGAGAACUCCUCAAGGAUAUUGAUCGUCCACUUUGGAUAUCAAAUAGGCGACAGGCUUUCAAAGAUAAAUUGCUACAAGGAAUUUUAAAUUCUGAUGAUAUUGAAGUCUCAUUUGAGACUUUUCCCUAUUAUCUAAGUGAUACAACAAAAAACAUUUUGAUUGCUUCAACAUAUAUACAUUUGAAGUGCAACAAAUUUGCAAAGUAUGCUUUGGACCUCCCUUCAGUGAGCCCCCGUGUACUAUUAUCAGGCCCAGCUGGCUCGGAGAUAUAUCAAGAAACUUUGAUAAAGGCACUUGCCAAAUAUUUUGGGGCUAGACUGCUAAUUGUUGAAUCUCUUAUCUUGCCUGGUGGACCAACGCCAAAGGAUCUUGAUAAUGUUAAGGAAGGACCAAGACCUGAAAGAUUGUUAUUCACCAAACGGACUGUGCAGGCUGCUGGACUAUCACAUAAGAAACCAGCCUCAAGUGUUGAGGCUGAUAUUACAGGUGGAUCCACUGUAAGCUCACAGGUUCCACCAAAACAAGAGUCUUCUACAGCGUCGUCAAGAGGCAAUACAUUUAAAAAAGGUGAUAAAGUAAAAUUUGUGGGUCCCUCUGGACUUUCUUCUUUGCAGAGUUGUCCCCUCAGUGGUCCUUCAUAUGGUUGUCGAGGAAAAGUUCUUCUUGCUUUUGAGGGAAAUGGGUCCUCAAAAAUUGGGGUUAGAUUUGAGAAAUCAAUUCCAGAAGGCAAUGAUCUUGGUGGCCUUUGUGAGGAGGAUCAUGGCUUUUUCUGUUCUGCUAAUCAUUUACUUCGUUUGGAUGGUUCUGGAGGUGAUGAUGUUGACAAGCUUGCUAUCAGUGAACUAUUUGAGGUUGCAUCCAAUGAGAGUAAAAACAUUCCCUUAAUUUUGUUUGUCAAAGACAUUGAAAAGGCUAUGGUGGGCAACUCGGAUGCCUAUACAAUUUUAAAGAAUAAGCUUGAAAAUUUGCCAGAGAACGUUGUUGUCAUUGGUUCUCAUACCCAGUUGGACAAUCGUAAGGAAAAGUCACAUCCUGGUGGUCUUUUGUUUACAAAAUUUGGAAGCAAUCAAACUGCUUUGCUUGAUCUUGCUUUCCCGGACAAUUUUGGUAGGCUGCAUGAUAGGAGCAAAGAAACUCCCAAAACAACAAAACAACUCACUCGACUUUUCCCUAACAAAGUGGCAAUACAACUGCCCCAGGAUGAAGAAGUCCUUUCAGACUGGAAGCAGCAGUUGGAACGCGAUGUUGAAACCUUGAAAGCACAGUCAAACAUUGUUAGCAUUCGAUCAGUUCUUGAUCGGGUUGGCUUGGAUUGCCCCGACAUUGAGACUCUUUGCAUCAAAGAUCAAGCCCUUACUGUUGAAAGUGUGGAGAAAGUUAUAGGUUGGGCUUUGAGUUAUCACUUCAUGCAUUGUUCUGAAGCUUCAGUUAAAGAUGAGAAACUUGUAAUAUCGACUGAAAGUAUUACAAAUGGACUGAGUAUUCUGCAGGGAAUUCAAAGUGAAAGCAAGAGUGUUAAAAAAUCACUGAAGGAUGUAGUCACAGAGAAUGAAUUUGAGAAGAAACUAUUGGCCGAUGUUAUUCCACCAAGUGACAUCGGUGUGACUUUUGACGACAUCGGGGCAUUGGAAAAUGUAAAGGACACAUUGAAGGAAUUGGUGAUGCUGCCUCUUCAAAGGCCUGAAUUAUUUGGCAAAGGACAGUUAACUAAGCCUUGCAAAGGAAUAUUGCUUUUUGGACCCCCUGGUACUGGAAAAACAAUGCUUGCAAAGGCUGUUGCAACUGAAGCUGGUGCUAACUUUAUCAACAUAUCAAUGUCCAGUAUCACCUCAAAGUGGUUUGGUGAAGGAGAGAAAUAUGUAAAGGCUGUGUUCUCUUUAGCUAGUAAAAUCGCUCCUAGUGUGAUAUUUGUUGAUGAGGUUGAUAGCAUGUUAGGGAGACGUGAAAACCCAGGAGAACAUGAGGCUAUGCGCAAAAUGAAAAAUGAGUUCAUGGUGAAUUGGGAUGGUCUACGUACAAAGGACAAAGAACGUGUACUGGUACUUGCUGCUACCAAUAGGCCUUUUGACCUUGAUGAGGCCGUUAUUAGGAGGCUUCCUAGGAGGUUGAUGGUUGGUUUGCCAGAUGCUCCCAACAGAGAAAAGAUUAUUAAAGUUAUAUUAGCAAAAGAAGAAUUAGCACCAGAUGUUGAGUUGGAAGGAGUUGCUAAUAUGACUGAUGGAUAUUCUGGAAGUGAUCUAAAGAAUUUAUGCGUGACAGCAGCUCAUCGUCCCAUUCGGGAAAUAUUAGAAAAGGAGAAGAAGGAGAGAGCAUCGGCUUUGUUGGAGAACAGACCUUUGCCUGCAUUAUAUUGUAGCUCCGAUGUUCGUUCGCUGAAGAUGGAGGAUUUCAAAUGUGCCCAUGAGCAGGUAUGUGCAAGUGUCUCAUCUGAGUCGACAAACAUGAGUGAGCUUCUCCAAUGGAAUGACCUUUACGGAGAAGGCGGGUCGAGAAAGAAGAAAUCUCUAAGCUAUUUCAUGUAGAGGAAGAUGAAGAGUUACUUUAUUCAUGUAUAGGGCUGCUGCAGUGUUAUUCUUGGUUCUUUCUUUGUCAUGGUAGAAGCGUGGCAGAGGAGGUGGUGUUUGGGGCCUAUUUAUCAAUGGAAAUGCCAAUUGUAGGUCCUCUUCUCAUUUGUAUAAUAUAUAUAGGCCUUUCUUCUUGUUUAAUAUUUUUUCCUCCCCGAAAUUUAUUUAUUUAAAAAAAUUAAUGUUAGAAAUUUUACAGAUUCUAAAAUCCAAAGUCGUUUACUUUUUUUUUUUUUAUUAUUUUAAAAAAAUUAAUGUUAGAAAUCUUUUUCUUUCCCCGAAGGAGUAAACUUGGUCCUGGGCCUUUUUGCCUGUACAUAUACCGAAAUUAAUCUAUCAAUGAAUAAGAAUCUUAUUUCUUUUUUGGUC